AUGAGACAGCAGCACUGGUGUGGGAUGACGGCCAAAAUGGGCUCCGUGUUAUCAGGGGUCUUUACCAUCAUGGCCAUCGACUUGUACCUCAUCUUUGAAUGCAAGUACUUAAUGAAAGGCAAUUGCACUGAGUUAUCCUCACAGAUCAGGGGUACAGGGAUGCUGGCAAAGCAAGCCAUCAUCUGCUGGAGUUGGACAAUCGUCUUCUGCCUUUCUUUCAUCACUCUCAUCAUCAGCUGCUUGCUCCUCUACUCAAUAUACACCCAGAUAUACAGGGGCUUGGUCAUCUAUGUCAUCUGGAUCUUUUUCUAUGAAACCGUAAACAUUGUAAUACAAAUCCACACCAACGAUAACUCUAACCCGGAAGAGGUCAGAAUCCUGCGCUGGUUUGGUUUGGUAUCCCGUACACUGAUGCACUGUUUCUGGAUGUUCUUUGUCAUUACCUAUGCCUACGUGAUCUACAAAAAUCAAAGCCCCAGCAAUAUCAUUUCCUACAAUAGACGGAUUUCGACGGGCAGUGGAGAGUUCUCAUGGCGGAAAUCAAAGAUAAUCAACUUGACCCGCCAGUAUAAUGAAUGA